AUGAACAGAUAAUCAAUUGAUACAGCCAAUGAUAACAAGAGUUUACUCAAGAAGAGAACUUAUGAGUAGAAAGAUCAUCUCAUCAUGCAAGAACCAAACUUUUAAGAAAUAACUAAAUCAAAGAAUGAUGCUCAAAUUAAAGGUGCUACAAACUUAUUAGGAAAACAAAAAGAAGACUGCUUUAACUUAGAAAGAGGAAGAUGA